CUAAUUAUAAACCAGAAACAUAAUCCCUUUUAUGGCAAAACAGCACCUUCGUCUCCUUCUUCAUACCAGACACUUAAACCAGCAAAAGGAAUCGUUUUUUCUUUCUUGUAACUUUUCUUAUCGUCAUUCCAUAAUCUCUUCUUUAUAAAAAGUGACUCUUAAGAGUAUCAACAUUUGCAAAUUUCUCUUUUGGUUUCAGAACCAGAAGCAAAGCCAUAGCCAUAACUUUGCUUCUUCUUGCUUUCCUCCGAGCUCUCACUCUGCUUUUUAUGGAUCUAGCUCAAUGAGCAACACAGAGACUAACACCGUGGACGACGAAGACGUCUUUGAGAGCUACAAGAUGAGAGAGAUAACCAAGAAACGGAAGCUAACACCAGUCCAAUUGCGUUUACUAGAGGAGAGUUUCGAAGAAGAGAAAAGACUCGAACCGGAGAGGAAACUCUGGCUGGCCGAGAAGCUAGGGUUGCAGCCGAGCCAAGUCGCUGUCUGGUUCCAAAACAGGAGGGCUAGGUUCAAGACCAAACAGCUAGAGCAAGACUGUGACUCUCUUAAGGCUAGCUAUGCUAAGCUCAAGACUGAUAGGGACAUUCUCUUUCUGCAAAACGAAACCCUCAAGAACAAGGUUGCUCUUCUCAAAGAGAAGCUGAAAAUGAAAGAUAAUCUUGAAACUCAGCCUAUGGAGGCCGAGAAGCUUGGGGAAGAAGGUAGUUCGGUAAAAAGUGAUGAUAAUACACAGUGCAGUGAAGAAGAAGAAGCAUUGGGGAAUCAAUACAGCUUUCCAGAGCUUGCAGCUCUCGGAUUUUAUUAUGAUCCAACUUUGGCUGCAUCAAAUCUAAGGUUGUGGUAGUAUAGGUCUACCUUCCGUGAACCUCAAGUUAUCAUCUAUGUUUUUUUUUUCCUUCUUAGGGUUCAUGUUCUGCGAAAAAAUAAAGUUGAAUU